AAGCAGGCUUCCCGCGGAGCAGGGAGCCCCAUGUGGGGCUCGAUCCCAGGACGCUGGGAUCAUGACCUGAGCCGAAGGCAGACACCUAACGACUGAGCCACCCAGGCACUUCUAUUGCUCAGUUUUUAAGGAAGGUUCUGCUGUCUCUGUUUUAGGGAGUACCCUAUACAGCGCACAGCCCCUCGGCGUGCCGCAGUCGGGGGAAGAUUUCCAUCGCCUCGGCGGUUUUGCAGAAUGCCGGUGCAGCUGACGACAGCCCUGCGUGUGGUGGGCACCAGCCUGUUUGCCCUGGCGGUGCUGGGUGGCAUCCUGGCAGCUUACGUGACAGGCUACCAGUUCAUUCACACAGAAAAGCACUACCUGUCCUUUGGCCUGUAUGGGGCCAUCCUGGGCCUGCACCUGCUCAUCCAGAGCCUGUUUGCCUUCCUGGAGCACCGGCGGAUGCGGCGGGCAGGCUGGCCGCUCAAAGUCCCCGCUGCCCCGUCGCGGCGCUCGGUGGCACUCUGCAUCGCUGCCUACCAGGAGGACCCCGACUAUCUGCGCAAGUGCCUGCGCUCAGCCCAGCGCAUCGCAUUCCCUGACCUCAAGGUGGUCAUGGUGGUGGAUGGCAAUCGCCAGGAGGACGCCUACAUGCUGGAUAUCUUCCACGAGGUGCUAGGCGGCACUGAGCAAGCUGGCUUCUUUGUGUGGCGCAGCAACUUCCAUGAGGCGGGGGAGGGGGAGACGGAGGCCAGCCUGCAGGAGGGCAUGGACCGCGUGCGGGAUGUGGUGCGAACCAGCACCUUUUCGUGCAUCAUGCAGAAAUGGGGAGGCAAGCGAGAGGUCAUGUACACGGCUUUCAAGGCUCUUGGCGAUUCAGUGGACUACAUCCAGGUGUGUGACUCUGACACUGUGCUGGAUCCAGCCUGCACCAUCGAAAUGCUUCGAGUCCUGGAGGAAGACCCCCAAGUAGGGGGAGUUGGAGGAGAUGUCCAAAUCCUCAACAAGUAUGACUCGUGGAUCUCCUUCCUGAGCAGUGUGCGGUACUGGAUGGCCUUCAAUGUGGAGCGGGCCUGUCAGUCCUACUUUGGCUGUGUGCAGUGCAUCAGUGGGCCUUUGGGCAUGUACCGCAACAGCCUCCUCCAGCAAUUCCUGGAGGACUGGUACCAUCAGAAGUUCCUAGGCAGCAAGUGCAGCUUUGGAGAUGACCGCCACCUCACCAACCGGGUCCUGAGCCUCGGCUACCGGACUAAGUAUACAGCACGCUCCAAGUGCCUCACAGAGACCCCCACCAAGUACCUCCGGUGGCUCAACCAGCAGACGCGCUGGAGCAAGUCUUACUUCCGGGAGUGGCUCUACAACUCUCUGUGGUUCCAUAAGCACCACCUCUGGAUGACCUACGAAUCGGUGGUCACAGGUUUCUUCCCCUUCUUCCUCAUUGCCACGGUCAUACAGCUUUUCUACCGAGGCCGCAUCUGGAAUAUUCUCCUCUUCCUGCUGACAGUGCAGCUGGUGGGCAUUAUCAAAGCUACCUAUGCCUGCUUCCUUCGGGGCAAUGCAGAAAUGAUCUUCAUGUCCCUCUAUUCUCUUCUCUAUAUGUCCAGCCUCCUGCCAGCCAAGAUCUUUGCCAUUGCUACCAUCAACAAGUCUGGCUGGGGCACUUCUGGCCGAAAAACCAUCGUGGUGAACUUCAUUGGCCUCAUCCCUGUGUCCAUCUGGGUAGCGGUCCUUCUAGGGGGGCUGGCCUACACAGCUUAUUGCCAGGAUCUGUUCAGUGAGACGGAGCUAGCCUUCCUGGUUUCUGGGGCCAUCCUGUACGGCUGCUACUGGGUGGGCCUCCUCAUGCUGUAUCUGGCCAUAAUCGCCCGGCGAUGUGGUAAGAAACCAGAGCAGUACAGCUUAGCUUUUGCUGAGGUGUGACACAGCCCCCCAAGCAGAGUGGGACAAGUGCAAUGGGUAAGGGAGGGAAGGGGAAUGGAAGAGAAAAGAUGGGGUGGGAGGGAGGAGGGAGUGCUGUUUUAGUUUAUUAAUGGUCCAUAGGACAAAUCUGCAGUGCAAAGAGUGGUGCCUGUACUAUACGGUCUGGGGCAGUUCUUACAGGAGGCAACGCCAUCCAGCUCAGAGGGCUAUUUUCACACCACCCAUCUGCUUGCCUCUGCAUGCGUGGUGGCCGCUGGGAAAUAUUCCACCUCCUCCCCCAGGAUCCACGGGGAACCCAGAAGUGUGCUAAACCAUUUAGUUCCAAUCAAUGGCAACUUCUGAUAGGUAAGUGACAGCCUGUGGCAAGGGAGAAUUCUCUUAGACCAUCUGAACACAACCAGAGGUGGUGGGAGAACUCCUGAGAGAUCUGGACCAGCUAGUAAUGUGUCCCGCACCCCCCCCCCCCACAUCUAGCUAUCAAUGCAAUAAGAUUGUGCCUGAGAUAUAAGGCCCAGAAGCCUGAUCUUUGGGCAUGAGAAAACAGGGUCCAGGAAUGGUGCUUUAUUAUGUGACAUACUCCAUUCCACAUCUCAACAUCCCAAGGAUGAACCAAACUAGCAGGGAGUUAGCACUGAACUGCUUUUGAGUGUGUGUAUAUAUAUCUAGGUUAAAAAUGAAAGUCUGCCAGGAGGAACAAAGAUUGGUGGUGGUGCUAAAGGCCAGGGGCUAUAUGGAGGCCUUGGGCCGAAUGUAUCUCACCUGGAAACUGCCCGACAUCUAGAUGAACUUGUCUGUGAUCUCUGCUGGGGAGAGGAAAUGUUUUGGUCACCUACCAGGAAGAUGAAACCCCAACAUGCUCAGAAAGGAAGUGAGGGCUCAGGUACUUGACCCCGUAUACUCCUGAAUUCCUCUCUCAAACUCCACUGUGAGUCGAAGAGAGCCUCCUUCCUUUGCUUUCUUCGAGGUGAUGCAGUCACCUCUCCCACCCUCUUUCUCAUUGGGGAAGUUUUUCAAGGUGGUCAGAGACAGAGCCUGGGCUCUCCCAGGCCCCUCUGCCAUAGGCACCCCUCCCCUCAGCAAGUGGGGGCAAAAACAAUUAGGAGCCUCUGACCAAACUAACUACAAUCUUGGAACUGCUUGAACAGAUUCCUUAGCAGCUGGCUAAGCGUGCAUGACUUUCAGGCUACAGUUCUUGACAAUCAUCUCCAAUGAAAAGCUUUUCAGUGUUCCCUAAGUGAAGCCUCAAAUCCAAGCUUGUCGUCUUUGAGACUGUCCAUUCUCCUCAGUGGCUUCUCCAGGGAAUUCUUAGCCAAGUUGUGGAUAGUCAUUAUUGCACUUGCUUGCUUCUUUCCAGAAACCAAAUUCAGAGAUGGAAUUGGUUCCUAAAUUCUAAGGUUCUUCCUUUCUCUCUCAUACUCCUUGAAGCUUUGGUUUUCUUCUGCUUGUUGGGGGUUGUGAGAGAAGGCAUUUUCUGGAGAUUUGCAAUCCAGACUAUUCUCCGCUCUUGGGUUUGAAACCUGGGAUCUUGACUAAGCCUUUGACUUAGGGGAUGCUUGAUUGCACGAGUGCCUGCUUGCGCUCUCCAAAUGUCCAUUCUUGGCAGGGCCUGCUAAGCCCUCAGAACCAGCACUAAGGUAGACAGUCAUUGAGGGGGCAAGCCUCUAGUGUGCCCAGGUGCUCCCUACAAAGGAACCAAGUGUGCUCUGAGCCACAGGCUGGCAAACCCUGGUGCUUUCUUUCUUCUCCCGUGAACGCAAGGGUUUUCCAGGUGCAGCCAACAUUGCUGAUUCACAGACCCUGAGCCUCUGGUUAAGACUGCUGGCUGGUGUUGGGCCCAACCCAUGAAGGCCGGGAAGAGGCUGCAGGCAUUUGCUAAAGGCAGUUGUUCCAGGCUCUUCCGUGUUUCUGCGGGCCAAGUAAACUAUUUUGAGCACUACAAUGGAGGAAAUCCGGUCAGCCAAUUGCAGAGCUCAGACUUCACUAAGGGCUUGUUUUUCUUCAGCUUUUACUUGAAGGUUAAGGUAGGAUAGACUCCUGGAUGGAGAACUCCUGGUUGUCCUACAUUCAGCUCUGCCUCGCACUGUGGUUAUCAACCUAGCUCAAAUCAAGAGUAGGCAGGUACAAGUAGUGGGCUCACAACGUUUGACCUCGACUGGUUUUUCUAAGUUAUUUUGUAUAUUUUUCAGCAGCGAAACCAAACUGGGUCUUCAGCUUUAUCCCCGUUUCUUGCAAGGGAAGAGCCUUUAUACAACUGGACACAUUUUGGUUUUUUCCUCAUUGAGAAUUUUAACCCUUUUGUAUUCUUUCUACAAUGAUUUGUAAACGUAUUUAUUUUUACUUUUUUUUUUUUUUUUUACUUUUCAGGUCGAGUAUUUUAUACACUUCUCAAAAUAAAGAU